UAGGAGAUUUAGAUCCUAAACCUCAAGAGACAUCUUUCUUCUCGUUCAACGUCUUUCCGCUUAUUUAAUCUUUCCGAUACUGUAGCCCGAGUUGGUUUCUUUGAAGCUGUUAGUCAGGCAAUCUAUUGGGCAACCCAACUGCGGGGUCCUCGCGGCCUUCUCAGCUGCCUCAGCCUGGGUCCGGAGUGGACCUGGCGCCGAAUCACUGGCUGGCCCAGGUGUCGGGGGCCGGAAGGGAGAGGUGCACCUGCAGCCCGGCCUUCUCGGGUCCCAGGCCCAAGAGAUUCAGACUCGUUGGCGUCCCUCCCCGUGCUUCGGCGCGGGAAAAAGAUCACCCACGAAUUGAAUGAAUCCAUUCUGGAAAGUCUUCCUUUCCUCUUUGGAAUUUAUCUUCAUGCAGAGAAACUAAAAUGAUCCACAGUCUAUUUCUCAUAAACUGUUCCGGUGACAUAUUUCUAGAGAAGCACUGGAAGAGCGUUGUAAGCCAGUCUGUCUGUGAUUAUUUCUUUGAAGCUCAAGAGAAAGCUGCUGAUGUUGAAAAUGUACCACCUGUCAUCUCAACGCCUCAUCACUACCUCAUCAGUAUCCACCGGGACAGGCUCUUCUUUGUGUCUGUCAUACAGACCGAAGUGCCCCCUCUCUUUGUAAUUGAGUUCCUACAUCGGGUUGCUGACACUUUUCAGGACUACUUUGGUGAGUGUUCGGAAGCUGCAAUUAAGGAUAAUGUGGUUAUUGUAUAUGAGCUCUUGGAAGAAAUGUUAGACAAUGGAUUUCCACUGGCUACUGAAUCUAAUAUUUUGAAAGAACUUAUUAAACCACCAACAAUUCUCCGUUCUGUCGUCAACUCUAUUACAGGCAGUAGUAACGUUGGGGACACACUCCCCACUGGGCAACUGUCCAACAUCCCAUGGCGCCGGGCAGGGGUAAAGUACACAAACAAUGAAGCCUAUUUUGAUGUCGUUGAAGAAAUAGAUGCAAUUAUAGAUAAAUCAGGAUCUACAGUCUUUGCCGAAAUUCAGGGGGUCAUUGAUGCUUGCAUUAAGCUAUCGGGAAUGCCUGACCUUUCUCUUUCUUUCAUGAACCCACGGCUUCUAGAUGAUGUCAGCUUCCACCCCUGCAUCCGGUUCAAGCGCUGGGAAUCUGAAAGGGUUUUGUCAUUUAUUCCUCCAGAUGGAAAUUUCCGACUCAUAUCAUAUCGUGUCAGCUCACAAAAUCUAGUGGCAAUACCGGUGUAUGUGAAACAUAGCAUCAGCUUUAAGGAGAACAGUUCUUGCGGUAGAUUUGAUAUUACGAUUGGACCAAAGCAGAAUAUGGGAAAAACUAUUGAAGGAAUCACAGUAACAGUUCACAUGCCAAAAGUUGUGCUGAAUAUGAACCUGACACCAACACAAGGCAGCUAUACAUUUGAUCCAGUUACCAAGGUACUAACAUGGGAUGUGGGAAAAAUUACUCCACAAAAGCUCCCAAGUCUUAAAGGACUGGUCAAUUUACAGUCUGGAGCACCCAAGCCAGAAGAGAAUCCCAGUCUCAACAUACAGUUCAAGAUCCAGCAGCUUGCUAUUUCAGGCUUAAAAGUAAACCGCUUGGACAUGUAUGGGGAGAAAUAUAAGCCAUUUAAAGGAGUCAAAUAUGUCACGAAAGCUGGAAAGUUCCAAGUGAGAACAUGAGAAGAGGCCAAAAUUCCUCAAGAUCUGUUUGUUUUCCUAGUGUCAUUAUAGUUUAUUACUGUUAGGUACCAAGUGGGUGGGAGUCCAUAUUCUAGUCCCAGCAUUCCUAUUGAGCUACACACAGCUAACAAAGUUGCUUAGUAAUCAAUGUAGGGUUCUGAAGAGCUAUAAGCUAAGGAAACUUUGAAUGCCUUAGCUGAUUUUGUAGGUGAUUGCCUCCAUAGGGGGACCUCAGCUGGAGGCUGCACAUUGUAACAGUAAAGGCAAAAGGCUACAGUGAUAACCUCUCCCCUAAAACAAGUGAACUGGUCUCAGCAGGAGCCCGUCUCCAUCUGUAAUAUGAUGUUAUCACAUGCAGCCCAAGCCCUCUCCAUCUGUAAUACGAUGUAUCAAGUGCAGCCCAACGGCACACCUGAUCUUAGCCGGCCCAAAUCAACAUCUGUCCCAACAGAGGAAGUUCCCCCCACCCCAAGAAGUUUACAAAAAAACUGCCUCUUCAAGUGUUUGCCUUAUUCAGCUUUUCACUUGUGCCAUUAAGCAAGCACUGUAGCAAAAGCCACUUCCACUGGCCCUGGCAGGGAGCCCCACGGCUCCAGGCUCCAUUUUCACUGUACUUGGUCUUGUAUUUUUUAUAAAUAAGAUUUUUACGUAAAGCUCAGAUUUUGAUUUACAGGGACCUUGCUGCAGGAAGUACCGUCUCAGUUCUGUGCCACUAGUUCAGCUGUUAGAUAGCGUAGUCAAAAUUAUUUGUAUCAAAGGGGUGAAUGCUUUAUUAAGGCAAUAAAAGGGAACACUACUCCUGCUUUUAGGAAGUUAUUGCAAGCACAAGCAUUUGAGAUUUGAAGCAAAUUAAAGCGUAAAAGAGAAACUUAAAGGAACUUUGCCACAUUCGUGUUUUAUAAAGCUUAUCAACACCACUUAAACCAUCGUUAGCCUAAAGGCCUCAAGCCCUACUUCAGCAAAAGAAAGAAAAUGUGCCUGCUUCUCACUAGCGUCACUUUUUUUUAAUCUUUUAUCUUUUUUACUGUUGUUCUUCAGGUCUUGAACUUACCUGCAUCCUUUGUCUUUAGGGGGAGCUCCCGUUUCCUAGUGUGUGCUUCCCAAGGCUCCAGUGGCCAAUAGGUUCCUUCCUGAAUCUUGUCUUAAUUGUUACUUGAACGUCUCUACCGUACUGUCUGAGCGCUUGGAAGUACGUGAUACUGAGGCAGUAACAAGAUCCUCAGUAACAUUGACGAAACCAUAUUGAUCGUCUUGGUUGGCAAGUCAGUCUAGAGUUGGAUCAUUUCACUCAACUUCCUGGCUUUUGAUGUCCUUGCCCAGACACUUUGCCUCAUUAGACAUGAAGAAUGGAGAAAGGCUGAGAGAUACAAGUGCUUGUUCUUCGUGGUCCCAUUUGUUCUCGAUUAUGCUGUUAGUUUUCUGCUCGUGACUCCAUUAUUUUCAUUCCUCUCGGCUUGUAUGUAACUCCCUUUUCCAUAUCAUGCUAAGAAUGGCCCUUAAAUCCAUCCCUUUCUGCUGUCAGGGGCUAGUGGUCAAUGCUGCUACAGAGAGCCCACCGGACAGCAGGCUUCUUACCUUCGCCUGCCUAGGGUACCCAGCCUGCCUUUCAUCUAAUAGGAGAUGGCACCUUUUGCAAAUUUGAAAUUUCUUGGGUAACCAAUAUCAGCUUGGCAGCUAAAAUCAAGACGUUGCCAAAUAUUUAUUCCCUUUGCCUAACAUUGAUUACCCAGUCCAAUUGCUUUUAUUUUUAAUGUCUUUUAAUGUCCUAUCUCAAAAGAACAAUCAGUAUAUUUGCUUUUCUUUCUGUACAAUCCCUAAUCUCAACCAUGUAUAUCUGGACUGUCCAGUUUUCUUUUUGUGCUAUCUUCUCUUAUAUAUAAAUAAGCAAAUCAUAUGCCAAGAGUCUCUUGUCUCUAGCAAUUUCUGCUGAAACUUCCAAGUAGACUGUUUCCUUUUACAAUUAAAUUAUUGUAUUUAUUAAUUUGAAUCCAGUAUAUCCUUUCUUUAAUCUGGUUAUACUGUCAAUAAAAAGAUGAAAGCAGCAAGUUGGUUUUUUAGCUUGACUGUUGAUUGAGCAUUCUCAGAUGGGCAUACCUCGGUGUCAGAGCAGGCUAAACAUGGUCAGUUUUUGUUCUAUAUCGUCCCAUAAGGUGUAACGGUUGCUGCAAAACACUUGCAGGUGUUCCUCUCUUAACCUCAGUAUGCUAACGGCCAUGGAUACUUUCUCUGAGCAUCACCCUCUGGCCACAGACUGAGCAGCAAGUGAUCAAAGUUACUCUCCCUAUCACCACCACCACCACCUACUAAUAACAAAGAUCCAUGAAUAUUUAGUAGUAGUAGAAUAUUUUUCAAACACAGAAUUCCAGCUAAUCUCAGAAGUGCCCCACUUUAUAAAUUCUUAAAGGAGAUUUCCUAAGAGCAAAUGAAGUAGAUGCUCGUUUUCUGCAUAAGGAAUUUACCAUCAUUCAGAGAGAAUUCACGUGAUGGGUUCAUUCCUAAAGUGGUGCUACAGAAUAGCCCUUGGAAGAUGCUGGUCUUCACUGUUAGAGUCCUCUGAUUUGAGAAAACAACUAAAAAAUAUAAUGCAGCAGGAAGGCAGCACCCGUGAACAUACGGUGAGUAACAAAAAUGAGACCAUGAAAUCUGUUUUCAGAUACUGCCAAGCUAAUUCCGUAGCCUUGGACAUUUCUCUUUAACUCCAGCAGUCUGGAAUCUUGCCUCCCUAGUCAGCAGCACUUCUAAAUCAGCCAUAAAUGUAGUCUGCAGCACUAUCCCUCUGUAAUGAUCCCCUUUCAGAUCCAGAAAAUCAGGCAAAAACAGUGAGGCGUCCGUUUUCCUCCCAAGUACCUACUCCUACUUCUCGUCAGUUUUUCCUCAAGCAAGAGGAGUAUGUCCCCCAAAGCUAGCUCUGCCUUAUAGCCUGGGUGGAUUUCUGACAGCCCUAUUGUUCUAUAUUGGGCUUUGAAAUAUAAAAAAAGAUAGACCUGUGGUAUUCCUGUCCCUGUAACAGCUUCAGCUUCUUAGGUGUGAUGGUCUCCACGACUACCUAGCAGUUUUUAAGAUGAAAACAGACUACUUCAACCAGAGGAUGAUCCACAUCUUCUGGCUGUUUUCUUCCUAUUGUUCACCCCGGUCACCUCCUCCUAGUGUAAAAUCCCCAAAGUCGUGCUUUAUUACGUAGACCCUUGUUAAGUAAAUAUGCUGCUGCUACUGUAUAGUAGUAUGUUGUUCAUCCAGUACAACACUAGGAUUAAAUAAAAGUCUUCAGUUUCCAGA